UCUUGUGACAAGUGGUAAUGCACCAGAGAGAAGAUCUCUUCAUUACAACAAUAAAGCAAGAAUGGCGGGCAUCAAUGGCAACGUGAAGAAUCGUCGCUUCGAAGAAGAAGGUACUGGACUCGGCGUGCGACACUUGCAGAUCUUUCUCCUCUUCUCUGGCCUCACAGUAGGGUUUGCCAUGCGUGUGAAUCUCUCCGUGGCUGUGGUGGCCAUGAGUCAGGCAGCCGAAAUCAAUCCCAACUUUCCAGAAUAUCCCUUAACGGAACAGAUGAGGGCCGUGGUGAUGAGUAGUUUCUUCUGGGGUUACUUAGCCACUCAGAUACCAGCUGGCAUUUUGUCUCGUCGCUUUGGUGGUAAAGUCACACUUUUGACCGGAGUGUCCGUCUGCUCCGUGCUCACUUUGCUGACUCCGUUUGCCGCCAGCUUGGGUGGCUGGAAUUACAUUAUUGGUCUGCGCUUGGUCGAGGGCUUGGGUCAAGGCGUCUUCUUUCCUUCAGCACACACGAUCAUCUCUGCUUGGAUUCCGCCGAAGGAACGUGGCGCGUUGGCCACCUAUGCGUAUACUGGUGGACCAUUUGGCACAAUCAUUAUGCUGGCCACAAGUGGUUGGAUUGCUUCAUCACCUCUUGGCUGGCCAAGCAUUUUCUAUUUGUCCGGGGCCAGUGGCGUUCUAUGGGUGAUUGCCUAUUAUAUAUGGGGUGCUAGCUCGCCGCAGGAAUCGAAAAGUAUCUCAGAGGAGGAGAUCAAAUUGAUUGAGAUGGCACAGUCCAACGCAACUGGCAAGAGUCAGCAACCUCACAAUCGUCAUGCCACUCCUUGGCUGAGCUUCCUGACCUCAGGACCUUUCUUGGCUCUCAUUGCGACGCAUGCUGUUUCAGCCUGGGGCUAUUGGACAUUGUUGACCCAGAUCCCCACCUAUAUGAAUUAUGUACUGGGCAAGGAUAUCAAGUCAAAUGCGCUGCUCUCCUCGCUGCCUUACAUCGCCAAUCUGGUGCUGAGCUUUGUCUUUGUUUGGAUCUCCAAAGCCAUGCAGAAGACCUCGUUAUCGCUGGCCUUCAAUCGCAAAUUCUUCAACACAAUUGGCACAUACAUUCCCAUGGUGCUUCUAGUCGCCCUGGGCUAUGUGCCCAAGGAGAAUGACACCUUGGUCGUGGUGCUGCUGACACUGACCGUGGGCGUCAAUGCAGCCAUCCAUUUGGGCUUCCAGGUGAACCACAUUGAUCUAUCGCCCAACUUUGCCGGCACCUUGAUGGGCGUAAGCAAUGGACUUGCUAGCAUCAUGAGUUUCUGUGCUCCACUCCUGGUGGGCAAAAUUGUCCCAGAUAAGCAAAGUGUAGAACAGUGGCGUUGGGUAUUCUUCAUUGCUGCCUUCUUUUACUUCGUGGGUAACGGUCUCUUUGUCCUCUUUGGUUCGGCUACUGUCCAGCCAUGGAACGAACCACCAUCUAAGUCCCGUCGCAGCUCAAUUUAUUCCGAACUGGAAUCUCAAAAGCCCGUGAACUCGGAAAAAUAAGCAAGUGAAGCAGCUCAACCGAGCUGCUAAUGAUAUGGAACUGGUGUCGUUGUGCAUUCCAACAGUUUAGUUAUGGAGCAUACUUUUAGGAGAGCUAUCCAUAUAUACAUACAUAUAUAACUAGUACUUGUACUGCACAACAAUGUUUAUCCUUAAGUUUAGUCUCUACUGCAAUAGCAAUAUUAAAACAUGAUUAAGAAUGUAAA